UUCCUCUCGCCCUCUUGCACAACGCACGAUAGUCACUGUAAUCAUGACUGAGGCGGUUCAAACGUACGGUCGUAAGAAGACUGCUACUGCGGUAGCUCACUGCAAGCGUGGCCGUGGAUUGAUCAAGAUCAAUGGCCAGCCUCUUGACUUGGUGGAGCCUGCGAUCUUGAGGACCAAGGUGUACGAGCCCAUCUACAUCCUGGGCAAGGAGCGCUUUGCCAACGUGGACAUCCGCGUCCGUGUUGAGGGAGGUGGUCACGUUUCUCAGAUUUACGCUAUUCGUCAGGCUAUUGCUAAGGCAAUUGUUGCGUUCUACCAAAAGUACGUUGACGAGGCAUCAAAGAAGGAGAUCAAGGACCUCCUUGUCCACUACGACCGUACCCUCCUGGUAGCUGACCCCCGUCGGUGCGAGCCAAAGAAGUUUGGUGGUGCUGGUGCUCGUGCACGCUACCAAAAGUCCUACCGUUAAACAAAUAUAUGGCUUUGUUGGCCGCCUUUUUGUCAUUCAUAUUUGGCUUGUAGAGAGUGACUCUGAUUGCGACCAGGGCGGUCGUGAUUGUGCAUAUUUUCCGGCGUGGUGUUGAAUAUACAGAUAUUCAUUGUGAGCAAAAAAGUGUCGUUAUGAAUUAUUGGAUGAAAUAAUCAGCAGGAUCAGUCGCUGUGUGUCGGAAAUUGCACGAUUUACUUGCUGAUUUACUCCAAACGCAUGAGAUACUUUUUUAAAAAAAAAAUGUGUCGUUGUUGCUGUUUAUUAAAGGCGGCCCUUGAAACACUCAAAAUUAUUUCUUUGGCGGGUUGU